AUGUCAGACUCCGAUUCGACCGCAAGCCCCACGCGCCAGCAGUCGUCCCCGCUCCCAGUCCACGAGGGCAACAUGCGCGCCCAGAGCUUCAAUGACCAGCACAAAGAGCCCAAUCUCACGUCGCUGCCCCACAAAAAACCAGACAUCUACCAGUACGACAUCGACCCCCCAGACACAGACCGUCUGAAGGGCGGCGGCGUGGGCAUGCUCUACCAGGACAGCAACGCGUCCGUGCACUACCACGGCUCGGACGGCGGUGCAGACCACUCGCAGAUCAUCCCGCCCGGCUACAACGACCAUCUGCAAGUCAAAGACACCUUUCUCACCGGCCGCGCUCUGCUCUACUUCACGUCCGUGUUCGUGUCGCUCGGCGUGUUCCUGUUCGGCUACGACCAAGGUGUCAUGUCCGGCAUCAUCACCGGCGUGUAUUUCAAGGACUACUUCAACGAUCCGUCGCGUGCGGCCAUCGGUAACAUGGUGUCGAUCCUUGAGAUCGGCGCGCUCGUCAGCUCCCUCAUGGUCAGCCGUCUGGGCGAGAAAUGGGGCCGCAGACGCACGAUCCGCUACGGCUCCUUCGUGUUCAUCCUGGGCGGCCUCAUUCAAACGCUCGCCGCCAAGAUGUCCCACCUGGUCUUCGGCCGCAUCGUCAGUGGUCUUGGCGUGGGCCUCCUGAGCACCAUCGUCCCGAUCUACCAGUCCGAAAUUUCGCCCCCUCACAACCGGGGCAAACUGGCGUGCAUCGAGUUCACCGGCAACAUUAUCGGCUACUGUUCCAGCGUGUGGGUUGAUUACGGUUGCUCCUACAUCAACGGAAACGCCUCUUGGAGGCUCCCGCUCUUCAUCCAAUGUAUCAUGGGCUUCGGUUUGCUAGCUGGCUCCUUCAUCAUCGUCGAGACGCCCCGCUGGCUGCUCAACCACGACCACGACGUCGAGGGCCUAAUUGUCAUUGCCGAUUUGCAUAGCGACGGGGACGUGCAAGAUCAAAGGGCUCGCGAAGAGUUCCAAGCCAUCAAGGAAACCGUCCUGGUGUCGCGACUCGAAGGAGAAAAGAAAUCCUACUCCUACGUUUUCAAACGUUACAGAACACGCAUGCUGAUUGCCAUGAGCUCCCAAAUGUUCGCGCAAUUGAAUGGUAUCAACGUCAUCUCUUACUAUGCGCCAAUGGUUUUCGAACAGGCAGGCUGGGUCGGCCGUGAGGCUAUUCUCAUGACAGGCGUCAACGCUGUCAUCUAUGUGAUCUCGACAAUCCUGCCUUGGCAUCUGGUCGAUAAAUGGGGUCGCAAACCCAUCCUGUUACUAGGUGCCAUGGUCAUGGGGUUGGCGUUGGUCUCCAUAUCCGGUUCUCUGUUUGCAAAUGUCCCCGCAACGCCAAAACUCGUGGUUGCGUUUGUCAUUGUCUUCAAUGCAUUUUUCGGUUUCAGUUGGGGCCCUAUCCCAUGGCUAUAUCCUGUCGAAAUCGCUCCUCUAUCGGCUAGAUCCGCCAUGGCGUCGUUAUCCACUGCGACCAACUGGUUGUUCAAUUGGCUUGUUGGUAUAAUGACUCCUAUUUUACAAGAGAAAAUCUCAUGGCGCUUAUACCUCAUUCACGCCGCAUCAUGUUUCUUGUCCUUUUGGUGUGUCUUACGUGUGUAUCCAGAAACUGCAGGCUUGCGGUUAGAAGACAUGGGCUCUGUUUUUGAUGACAAGUCAUCCACUUUCAGUUUCCAUGGAACCACCACUGGAGUAGACUUAGAGAGCGCCUCCAUGUCUAAUACAAGUGCCAAUCCAUCUCAGGCGCGUAAACCUCUAAGCAGUCAAGCACCAACGCUCUCUGUAGGAAACCCCAUGGGAGGUCAAUCUAACGCCGUACUAAGUCAAUCGUUGACUAAUGGCAGCAGUCACAGUAUAAGGUCCAAGAGAAGCACUUUAAGCGCGAAUUUACUAAGUGCCGAAUCUCUGGAACCGCCCUCAUUGGAGGAAGUGCUUCAAUUCAAAAACCAGCAGGGAAACAAACAGGAUUUGAAGAAACUGGUGAGAAGGGGAUCUGAAACUGUCAACCUCAUAUAUGAUAAAGUGGUUGCCCUGGGGAGACGUCCACAAGAUCAAGAAUACGGAACUAUCCCCGAUAAUGAAGCUGAGGCAUCUGGCUCUGCUGUAAAUACGUCACAAUGA